ACACAGCCGACGUCACUGCAACACGCGGCGCCGUAUAAGAGGAGGGUCCUGCGCGCCGGGGCAGACCGCGAGCGAGAGCGCCCCCGAGCAGCACCCGCGUCCUCCGCGCCGCCACCGGAGCUCCCCGGGAGAAGCCCGUCGGCAGCUGCCCGCCGCCCCCAGCCCGCCCGCCCGCCGCGCCGGGCCCGACGCUCCGCGCCGCCGUGGUGUGUUGGCGACUCGGUUCCCCGCGCGCCACAAUGAACUCCCGCACCGCCUGGACGUUCGCCUUCGUCCUCACCCUGCUCCACUUGGCCAAAUUGGCUCUCUCCACCUGCCCCGCAGCCUGCCACUGCCCCCUGGAGGCGCCCAAGUGCGCCCCGGGAGUCGGGCUGGUCCGGGACGGCUGCGGUUGCUGUAAGGUCUGCGCCAAGCAGCUCAACGAGGAUUGCAGCAAAACGCAGCCCUGCGACCACACCAAGGGGCUGGAAUGCAACUUCGGCGCCAGCUCCAUCGCUCUGAAGGGGAUCUGCAGAGCUCAGUCAGAAGGCAGACCCUGUGAAUACAACGCGAGAAUCUACCAGAACGGAGAAAGUUUUCAGCCCAACUGUAAACAUCAGUGCACAUGUAUUGAUGGCGCCGUGGGCUGCAUUCCGCUGUGUCCCCAAGAACUCUCUCUCCCAAACUUGGGCUGUCCCAACCCACGACUGGUCAAAGUGGCUGGGCAGUGCUGUGAGGAGUGGGUCUGUGAUGAGGACGGUGCCAAGGACCCUGUGGAUGACAGGGACGACUUCCUGGGCAAGGGACUGGCAUUUGAUGCUUCAGAAGUGGAGUUAACAAGGAAGAAUGAAUUGAUUGCAGUUGGUAAAGGCGACUCCCUGAAGCGGCUUCCUGUUUUUGGAAUGGAACCUCGAAUCCUAUACAAUCCCUCUUUACACGGCCAGAAAUGUAUCAUUCAGACAACUUCGUGGUCCCAGUGCUCAAAGACCUGUGGAACUGGUAUUUCCACACGAGUUACCAAUGACAACCCCGAAUGCCGUCUGGUGAAAGAAACCCGGAUUUGUGAUGUGCGGCCUUGUGGACUGCCAAUGUACAGCAACCUAAAAAAGGGCAAGAAAUGUAGCAAGACCAAGAAAUCCCCUGAACCCGUCAAGUUUACUUACGCUGGAUGUUCGAGUGUGAAGAAAUACCGGCCCAAGUACUGCGGUGCUUGCGUAGACGGCCGUUGCUGCACACCCCAGCAGACCAGGACGGUGAAGAUGCGAUUCCGCUGUGAAGACGGGGAGACGUUUUCCAAGAAUGUCAUGAUGAUCCAGUCCUGCAAAUGCAACUACAACUGCCCACAUGCUAACGAGGCAGCAUUUCCCUUCUACAGGCUGUUCAAUGACAUUCAUAAAUUUAGGGACUAAAGGCUACCUGGGUUUCCGGCCUCAGGAACAGGAAGGAGGAAGUGCGCCAGAAUCACGGAGACAUGGGUGGGGGCGGUGGGGGUGAAGGGACUCAUUGUAGAAAGGAUGCGUUGCUCAUUCUUGAGUAGUAGUAAGGUAUUUUGAAACUGCCAGGUAUGCUGAUUGCAGAUGGACACUAAUGCAGCCGCAAUUGGAGAAUUCUUCGCUUCAUAAUACUGGAGCAUAUAUUACUGCUUCAUUUUGGAGCUUGUGAUAUCGAUGAUAUUCUGUUUGUAAAUUAUUAUUUGGUAAGCGUAUUUUUCCCUCCAGACUUUUUUUUAUUCUUUUCGGCUCUACAGUUGUAAAAGAUAAUAAGACUAAUCGGACACUAAAGCCUUUCAUUCCCUGACGGACAUAAACAGGAGGUAUUCCAUCCUGAACUGCAGGUGACACUCCGUGAGUGUCUCCGAGAGGCAGCUACCUGCACUCUCAACUGCAAACAGAAAUCAGGUGUUUUUAGACUGAAUGUUUUUAUUUAUCAAAAUGUAGCUUUCGGGAUGGGAGGGGAAAUGUAAUACUGGAAUAAUUUGUAAAUGAUUUUAAUUUUAUAUUCAGUGAAAAAAUUAUUUAUGGAAUUAAUCAUUUAAUAAAGAAAUAUUUACCUAAUAUUGGAAUGUUAUGACAUUUACUAUUUCAGACACUGUCCAGAGUUACUGGGAACAAUCUAACUUAUGCUUUCAACCAUUAAAAUGGAACUUUCUGUUUUGUUUUGGGACCACAACUGGUGGUGCUCAGGGCUUACUCAUGGCUCUGCUCAGGAAUCAGUCCUGGUGCAAUUAGGGGACCAUAUGGGGUACUGGGGAUUGUGCCCAGAUUGGUUGCAUGCGAGGCAAGUGUCUUACCUGCUAUACUAUUGCUCUGGCCCCAGCAAACAGAAUUUAUUGAGUGCCUACUUUGUGCCAGAAAUUGCAAGGUGCUUGAAUUGAAUAGAAAACUCACCCAUAAAAUGAUAAUGAUUGUUUUUAUAUUGUUAAUAGAGAGUGUCUUUGCAUCUAAAGAAGUAUGCAUAGCUGGAAAGAUAGUACUGGAGGCAAGGUGCUUGCUAGUUUGAUCCCUGGCAUGGCAUAUGGUCCCCCAAACACUACCAUUAGUGGACACUGAGCAUGGCUGAGUGUGCCCCCUGGUCCCCCAAAAGAGAAAUCUGCACAAAGUAUGUAUUGAGCACGAAGUAUUAUAGGCAGCACAAGAGUGAAUCUGAAGCUAAAUUUGCUUAAGUCUUAGUUUUUAUAAGAAUUCAAAGCCUAAGGGUCUCCAUCACCAAUCACUAUUAGGAGUAUUUAGUCGAGUCAUUUAUCAUUUUAAUCACCAGGUCAUUGUACUUGUCACCACUUCAGUAGAGGAAAGAGUCUCUUUAAUAAAAACAUUUUAUAACUCAGGCUGUCCAUUUCUAAAUACAUGGGGGAGAUUGAAUACGAUUGGAUAAUGUGUUACCAAAAAUCGCUUACUUGGACCUUUAUACUUUUCCAGUACUGCUCCUAAAACUCAGGAGAACUGCUUUAAAAUUCACUUCUGUUUGGGAUCAGGGAAAAAAAAAACCUUGGAGUCUAUAGGAGUCAGUGUUCUCACU